AGAAAAACGUUCCGCUGGCAACGAGAGUCCGGCCUUCAAAAUAAAACCAGAUAACUUUAAAAGGACAGUUCAGCCCCUAAUUGAAAAGCAUAUUUUUCAUCGUACGGUACCUGUAGUGCUAUUUAUCAAUCUCGAUUAGUCAAAAUCAACAAUCUAGAUUAAUGUAAUUAUUCCAAACGCGUCAAACCAUAGCAUAAGUCAUGUUGUGGCAGCUAGAGGAUACGAUUGAGCCAUUUUUGAGCAACCGUUAGUUGUGUCUUGUUAUCCAGCUAGCUACCGUCGUUGACGUUGGUGUGUCCAUCUCUCCGGAGACAUGGACACCACAAUGAUUCAGCUCAGGUUGUUUGUCCAUCAGCGGCUGUAUACAGCGGCAGAAGAGAUCCUCGGAGAGGUGGAGAAAACUAUAACGUUAGCUUUGCACGAAGCCGAAGUCAGUCAAUCUGAAGGGCUCAGAAGUCUGCGACAUCAGCUAACGUUAGACCUCCUGCGAAAACAAUCAGCUGCUGCGCCUUCACUGACCAUCAGCCCAGUGGGACGUGGAGAUGAAUGUGAUGCCCCACUGCUGCAGGAGAACACUGGUCCCUCAACACCAGAAGAGAACAACUUCAGUCUUGGUGCUGAGGUGCCGGGACCCUCUCAAAUCAGUGCAGAGCUGGACAAUAAAAACUGGAACUACUGCUUGGUUCAGACCGACUUCAAGAUGUUAGAGAUAAAAGAAGAACAGGAGGAACUUGGGGAUGACAGUCAAACACAAGAGAUGGUUUUUCCUUCUUCGGAAAUUGUGAAAAGCAAUCAAGAUCAGCCAGAGACACAACUAUCGUAUGAAUUGCAGCCAGUUUCUUCAAACUGCUCUGCAGCUCAGAGUGAGAACAGUGACAGUGAUGAGGAGUUGGUUAACAGCAAAGGAGAACAGAAGAAAAGAGUAAAAAGGAAAGGAAAGAUGUUGCAAAAGCGAAGUGGCAACAUGAAUGAGAAGGCAGCAUUGCCUCAUGACAAAAGUUCUGCUAAAAGUGAAAAGGAACACAGUUUUUGCCAUUUUUGUGGCAAGGGAUUUCAGUACAUCGGCUCUUUGAUGAAGCACAUAAAAACGCAUGAGAACAAUUUUGAUUGCACGGUUUGUGGGAUGACAUGCCAGUCAACAGAGCCGCUGAUAGCCCAUUUGAAAAGUUGUCACAAUAAAAAAUGGGUUUGCGAUGUUUGUUGCAAGCAUUUUUCCAAAAUUGGUUUUCUCCGGGUGCAUCAAAGAAGAAUGAAACACAAAGCUGCAGAGCCUUCACUGACCAUCAGCCCAGUGGGACGUGGAGAUGAAUGUGAUGCCCCACUGCAGCAGGAGAACACUGGUCCCUCACCAGAAGAGUCCAACUUCAGUUUGGGUCAUGAGGUGCCGGGAACCUCUCAAACCAGUGCCGAUCUGGACGAUAGCAACUGGAACUACUGUUUGGUUCAAACAGACUUCAAAAUGUUGGAGAUAAAAGAAGAGCAGCAGGGACAAGAACAACAUGGGAACCUUAAUGAAAAGGACCAAGCAGCAUUGCCUCUUAAAAAAAGUUCUGCUAAAAUUGAAAAGGAACGCAUUUUUUGCCAUUUUGGGGCAAGGGAUUCCAGUACAUCGACUUUUUAAUGAACAGCGUGAAAACACAUGAGAAACAUUGCUUGUGGGAUGACAUGCAAGUCCAUACACAAGCUGAUAACUUGUGUAAAAAGUUGUCACAACGAAACACAUUUUUGUGACGUUUGUGGCAAGAUGUUUGCCAGUAUGCGCUGUGUCCGGCUGCAUGAAGUAUUGCACAAAGGCCUUCAAUUUGUGUGUCAAGUAUGUGGCAAGACAUUUUCCCAUCAAGACAGUCUGGCUGUGCAUGUCAGAAACCGUAUUAAUGUGGCUUUUGUGACAAAAGUUUUAUUACUAGUGGUAACCUCAAUGAGAUACCAUCCAGGAGAAAAAACAUUCUCAUGUGAUAUUUGCAGUAAACGUUUUGCAGAUGGGCUAAGAUGACUAGCAUAGGACUUCACAUACAGAAGAAUGACAUAUGUUGCCAUGUUUGUGUUAAAGAUAAAGAUUUCCAGUUGAUUUAAAGUUGCACCUGCAAACUCAUGAAAAGGCAGCCUCUGACUGAAAACAGUUAUAUUAAACAGGCAGACCAUGUCUGAGCUCACCGUAAAUUCUCAAAUAGUAGCCGGGCCCUUUAUUUACUUCAAUUGCAGGCCUUUAUUUGAAGCAGGUUUAGUAGUUGUAGUGUAGUUACAAUAGUGGUUGUCUUUGUUACCCGUUCAUUUCAAAAGUGGACUGAUCACCCAUUAAAUGUUCCCCUGUGACUUGAGUUUGUUCAGGCAGAUUUUGUAUUUUUUAGGUCAGUUUAGCCUGUUCUGUCUGUUUAAGUUAGCAUAGUCUGAGUUAAAUUCUGUUCAGUUGACCUGUUUUAUGGGCCCAGAACUUAAUUGUUAAUUCUGUAAGUUGUGUUUCACUUUUGGUUAAAUAAACCCUAUCUUUUGAAAACCCA